AUGAAGCGCUCGUCCACCGCCAGCCGCUCAACGGGGGCGCGAAAGGCGGCACGCAGCGAGAAGACCUGCCGAACGACGCGGGCGGGCAAGAAGAGCCCGAUCUUCUGGGACUCGGACGGUGUCGGCGGCGGCAAGUCUUCGCUUCGGGUGGUGCUGGACUGGUUCACCAACCCGACCAACUACGGCUCGUGGUGCGGCAGUGACCGGAGCAAUGGCAACACGAAGGAGGCGUUGCUGAACGUCAUAAUGCAGCGCCUGGAGGCUGCUGGUAUAAAGCAUCGCAAUAACGCCGGCGUGCGCGAGAAGAUUAAUAACCUCGAGAAGCAGUACCGCGAGGCGGAGCACUACCUGACCAGUGCAGAGGCUCGGGACGCGGACGAAACGAGUCGUCAAGCUGCUGUGCUUAGUCGUUGCCCCCACUACGACGAACUGCACAAGGUCAUG